AGCUCUUACGUUAAGUAAGUUUGGCCACCCUUGCUUAUAGCAUCUCUUGAUUUUAAGUGGGACAUGGUAUAAAUAAUAUAACAAUAAUGCCAGAGUACAAGGCAAGCAUCGAACGAUCAGUUGUUACGGUCCGAAAUAAAAAGCGGAAGUGAUAUCCAAAAGUAAACAAAGAACCUGCGCGUGGAUCCGUGAAAUGGUUUUGGCGCCAGGAGCAGCAGGUUCGUACUUGUUUAUUCUGUUCAAGUUUCCUUGAUGCAACCGAAAGUAGGAAGCUGUUAUUCGAGAUUAUCCAGUGACUGGUAUCAAAGACUUAUAUCAGAUGUAUUAUGAAUAUUCAUCAUCUGUUGAAGACCAAAGGAAAAUGUUACAUAUUUUACUUACAUAAAACAUGUGUUGAUUGUUAAUCAGAUCAAAAUUUACUUGAGUAUAUUCUAUAAUUUCUAAAAUUGGUCUAUGGCAAAUCCUCUUGCAACUGAAAUAGCAAUGUUUUUCUUCUACAUUGUCUGGAAUAUUUCUAGAAGAUGAUUUUGUAUUCUAUUUAACCCUUUAGCAACAAGAUUACUCUGUCAAAUGUAAUUACUCAUUUAUUCCUGCAUUAUCCUGUAACCUUGAGGUUUCGAUGAUGUGAUUGUUUAUAUUCAAAAUGACAUUCUAGUGGGAGGUGUGAGAUACCAGAUCUGGCCAGUUUGAUCAUAAAGCAAGGAGAAUAUUUUGGCUGGAUAUGGCCAGUUUAGAUGCUAAAGGGUGAAACUUGGACGAAUUUACAAAGGUGUUUGCAACAUUUUGUGAUGUCAACAGAGAUCGCAAUUGAUGGAAAUAUAACAGUUGAAAUAUUUAUGAAUAAUAAACUAUAAGGAAGGCAGAAAAGAAAAGUGUACCUAUGAUGUGAUAAGGAAAAAAUAAUGAAAACCUAAAUUAUGUAAGAACUUUUAACGUUUCAAUUUUCCAGAAGAGAUGUCAAAAGUGAAAAGCAAAUCAUCACGUUGUUAGGAUAUCUGUAAAAAUGUUGUCAUCUCUUGAAUCUGACUUUAUUAAGCACAAACGUAUUCAUACAGGAAAGAAGGCAUACCACUGUGAUAUAUGUGGCAAAUCAUUCUCUCAAAAUAAAAACUUGACUACACACAAACAUAUUCAUACAGGAAAGAAACCAUAUCAUUGUGACAUUUGUGGUAAAUCAUUCUCUCAAAACGGAUAUGUAGCUAUUCACAAACGUGUUCAUACAGGAGAGAAGCCCUACCAGUGUGACACCUGUGGUAAAUCAUUCUCAGAAAAUGGAGUCUUAACUAAGCACAAACGUAUUCAUACAGGAGAGAAACCAUAUCAGUGUGAUGUCUGUGGUAAAUCAUUCUCUGAAAAUGGAAUUUUAAGUAAGCACAAACGUAUUCACACUGUAGAAAAGCCAUAUUAUUGUGAUAUUUGUGGUAAAUCAUUCCCACAAAAUAGUGGACUAACAGUUCACAGACGUAUUCAUACAGGUGAAAGACCGUAUCACUGUGAUGUCUGUGGUAAGUCAUUCUCUAGAAGUAGUGACUUACCUAAACAUAUGCGCGUUCAUACCGGAGAGAGGCCAUUUCAUUGUGAUAUCUGUGGUAAAUCAUUCUCUCAAACUGGCAUCUUGUCUAAACACAAACGUUCUCAUACUGGAGAGAAACCAUAUCAGUGUGACAUCUGUGGCAGUUCAUUCUCUUGUGGAUAUACCUUAACUAGACACAAACGUAUUCAUAAAGGAGUGAAACCACAUCACUGUGAUAUCUGUGGUACAUCGUUUUCCCAAACGUAUAACUUAGCUACUCACAAGCGUAUUCAUACAGGAGAGAAACCAUAUCACUGUAAUAUCUGUGGUAAGUCAUUCUCUCAGUGUAGUGUACUGACAACUCACAAGCGUAUUCAUACAGGAGAAAAGCCAUACCAGUGUUCUCUCUGUAGUGAAUCAUUCUCUGGAAAUAGUGACUUAGCAAGACACAAGCUUAUUCAUACUGGAGAGAAACCAUAUCACUGUGAUGCUUGUGAUAAAUCAUUCUCUUAUAGUCAUUCCUUAACUGCACAUAAACAUAUUCAUACAGGAGAGAAGCCAUAUUGCUGUGAUAUCUGUGGUAAAUCAUUCUCUCAGAUAUAUGCCUUAACUGCUCACAAUCGUGUUCAUACAGGAGAGAAACCAUAUAAGUGUGAUAUCUGCAAUAAAUCAUUCUCUGAAGCUGGGCACUUAAAUAGACAUAAACGUAUUCAUACAGGAGAGAAGCCAUAUCACUGUGAUGUCUGUGGUAGAUCAUUUUCUCAAAAAUGUCACUUAACCAGACAUGUGACUAUUCAUACUAAAUCAUAAUUGUGUUAAUAACAAGUUUGAAUCUUUUUACUCACUUCUUAACCCUUUUGUUCCCAAAUUCCUGUUAAAACACACU